AUGGAGCCUUUCGCUUGUGCACUCACGUGGUUUUCGAUGACCUUUGAAAAAGAGAUAGUAGAGCUUAACGAGGCCUCAGCCACAGUAGGCACACCAGGCUUCGAACAUCACGCUGCCGAGAUCACGCUCGCUGAACUCCACAAUCGGAUCUUCCAGAUCACCUGGGCCGCAACGGGAAGAUCCCGCCAAAGUAACCCUCCCACCACCUGGUGGGAGCAUUUUCAACCCUCCAAUGAACUCGCCGUGCGGUACCAUCCCAGCUUGGUCAAGUUUUUUCAGCGUGUGUACUAUCACCCCGCAGCUCCGGAGUUCUUCUAUUAUCUCCAGAAUCUGAAUACUCCGGAGUGCUUGAUUGACGAGGACUUCAACGAUAUCUUUGACGGGAGGGAUUGCUACGUCCACCUGCAUCGCGCCACAAACUGGAACUCCGCCAAUGGCGAUGAAUGGGAUAUUAUCAAUGAGUCGUUAACAGAAUGCAUAGAUUCGAUGAUCACGGAGAACAAGGUCGAGGUGCAGGUCAAUGGGCAAUGGCCCCUGGGAGAAAUUGGCACCGAUAAGCUGGCCUUUCAGGCCCUUCUCCACGAGAUUGAGAUCCGGUUACCCAGCACCAGCAGCACCAGCACCAGCAGCGACUCGGCUCAAUCAGAAUCGUCUCCCUCCGCCUCCCUGCCCUGGUUUGGCCCCGCCGUGCUUUCGGAAGCCCGCCUCGUCCCCAACAGCUUCAUCAACCGCUUUUGCACCGCAACCAGCACGGCCACCCCCCGCCCGGUCCGCUUCCGCUACAUCGCACCAGGGGUCCGCCUCCCGACCGAGGCGGAAUUCCGCGCCCAGCCCUUCCGAGACGCCGAAUACAAGUCUGCCCUAUGGCGUCGGCUUCCCGUGGUCCGCCCGAUCAAACCCAUCCUCCUCUUCCUCGCCGACGCUCCUCCCGACGCCCACAGUCCGGGGAAGACCGUCAUGGCCGUCCCCAAGCCAGAUACAUGGCUCAACUCUCUGCUCAGCGGCUUUGGGGAUGGCAACCGACAAUCCCCGCCCCCGCGUCCCGCUGGUCUGUAUUUGACGGCCGACAACCGCGAUGUCAAGAUGACGGCACGCGCAUGGGCGACUACGCCUGGUUGGGGUGGGAACCCGGCGGACGCCAACUACGAUCUGUACCAGUGCGAGUUCAAUGGGUUUAUCCCCUGGCGUGACACCCCGCUGCACCAGGUGUUGGAGAGCUGGGCGGAGCGGGUGCGGGCGGGGGAUUGGACUGUAGGGGAGGAUGGGGUGGCCGACGGGGUGGAGCGGUGGCGGGAGGCCGACACGGAGGCUGGCUGGCGGAAGUAUUGGAUUCCAGUGCGGUGGUGA